ACUACUAACCACAUAUUGUCAGUUGUGUAGUUAGUGCGCAUGCGCUAAAGAUGAACCGCUGCGGUCACCUGCUUCCAGACUCGACCUACAGCCUCCAGCCUGUGGCCUGUUUACCCUGCUGAAACCUGCACACCACACCUGUCCAGCGACAGGACAGCGUCCGGCGUUAAACGGGCAGGGUAUAUAUUUUACAAAAGUGUGCAGUGCUGAUGUGAUGCUGGAGGAACAGGCUGUGGAGCACUGAGCUUCCCAUGGCUGUUAGCACCAUGGACUCUGAGUCAGCCCGGACACAGCAGCCUCAGUCUGCCCUGACUAAAGGAGGCCGCUCCCUGCUGCCUGCUGGAGCUCUGAGUUCCACGCUGGGCACUGCAGGGAAGCACUAUGUCUGCGGCUCCGUCGCAGCUUUUACCAACAUCGUGGUGACUUUCCCCAUCCAGAAAGUGCUGUUCCGCCAGCAGCUACAUGGCGUGUUGGCCACUGAGGCCGUGCGGCAGCUCCAGAGGGAAGGGCUGAGGAAUCUUUACCGGGGCCUGCUGCCCCCGCUGCUCCAGAAGAGCACUACAGUGGGCAUCAUGUUUGGCCUGUACGAGGACUUCUCGAGAGUCUUACUAGACCGGGCCAGUGGCACCGGUGUGCCGGAUCUUGUCACACGAAGCUUUGCUGCAGCAUUGGCAGGAACCGCAGAGGCCGUCCUGAUGCCAUUUGAGCGCGUGCAGACUCUUCUCCAAGACCAUCGGCACCACGGGCGCUUCAACAACACGGUCCACACCUUCCGGACACUUCUGUCAGAGUAUGGCGUCAGAGAGUGCUACCGUGGCCUGGUGCCCGUACUUCUCCGUAACGGCCCUAGCAAUGUGCUAUUCUUCGGGCUGCGCGGGCCCAUUAAGGAGCAGCUCCCGCAAGUCAAUAGCCGAGCAGGUCACAUGGUUAAUGAUUUUGUGUGUGGAGGGUUGCUGGGGGCUUUCCUUGGCAUCAUGUUCUAUCCUUUAAAUGUGGUCAAGUCCCGGGCUCAGUCUCAGGUCGGUGGAGCCUUCCAGCCUUGCAGGCAGGUGCUGCUAACAGUGUGGAGAGAAAGGGGUGGCAGUGUGGCCAUGCUCUUCAGAGGGGCCCACCUCAACUACCACCGUUCACUCCUGUCCUGGGGGAUCAUCAAUGCCACCUAUGAGCUGCUGCUGAAGAUCACGUAGGAGGGAGGAGUGGAGAUGACGAAAUAGAGAUAUAGAGAGGAAGAAAAAGCAUUUAAAGGGAAAAAACCUGUAUGGAGCGAUGGAGCCAGUUUGUUGAGAAGAAAGGAAAUCGUAAAGUAAAGCCCAUGUACUUGCUGUCUGGCACUAUUUUUGGGACACUGGAGUUUCCAUGACUGAAAGACAGCAGUGAAGUUGCACUUCUGACAGGGGCCAACAGCCAGUGUGAGAUAAACCCACCUGCCACAUGCCAUGAAUAUUUACUGUUGUCAAUGUAUUAAAAACAAGACACACGCUUUAGCCUAUACAAAACAUGUGCCAGGGUCCAAUAGAAAUGCCCUUGUUUGCUCUCUGUACAAAAAAUGUUGUGGAGCAAACUGAACUCCAGAGCUUUUUUUUUUCCACGGUUUCAUUUCUGGAUAAACUGUUUCUUCAUAUGUGCUGUGUGCUGUGGUGUUUUGUAGACAACAUCCGUCUGUUUGUGUUUGACCGAGAGCAUUUCCUCUGUGAGGCUGUAUUCUGACACUUAACUGAAACACUUUUGUACUUUUGACCAUUGAAAGGCCCCAAUAUUUAUUGUCAAGGAGAGUGUAAUGAAUAGAGUGUUGGCCUUUUUAUUUCUCUUUAUGCUCCAUCUCCACCAAUUCGGCCUGUAUGUUUAUGAGAUCAGAAGGCUAAUACUUAAGAAAUUGUUGAAAUGAGUACCAGUGAUGUACAUGUUCUUGGAAAUACUGUAUAGCAGACACACACAGGCUAUUUUAAACAGUUUUUCUCCUUUCACACAUGAUUCAUCUUUGCCAAUUGGAACUGAAAUAGUUUGUAAAACACUAUUUGUCUUGGUUUGUUUUAUGAAGUGCUACAGGCAUGUGUUAUUUGCAUUUUGAGAAGUGCCCAUUGUAGUCAGUAAAACAUAGUUACACCCAGAUCUUUUCUUGUUUUUAUAAUUUAUUGGAAGAAAGGAAAAUAAUGUUUAAUCUAGAUUUCUGUUGCAACAAAUUAUUCCACAAAAAACAUUUGCUAUUUGUUUAAUAUAUAAUUUAAAGAAAAAAAAAAAACUUUUGCUGUUUCAGAAAAAAAAUACUUUUGAUGUUAAUUCUAUGCACCAUUGCUACAUUUGUUCAUUUUUGGGCUAUUGUUUGUUCAUUGGCUAUAAAACUAAGUGCUCCUCAAUGUUCGUUUCCUUUUUAUGAACUUUAAUAUCACUUGUUUUAUACAUGUAUAUCUCUCCCUCUACUCACUCUCUUUAUAUCGUCUCUCACGCUUGCUCUCCUCUCUGUCUGUAACAUCUGUUGACAUAAUGGGCUCAGAUUUCAAGCUUGAGUAGACGCUGUCACCACGCAGCAGCUCUCGCUGGGUACGACAGCCCGAAGAGGAAAGGCAUGCUGCCUGGACACUGAGAGAGAGACUGAACAGUAAUGGUGCUGAGAGAGAAGACAGGGGCAGAGGGUAAUGUUCAGUGGCACAAAAAGCUCAAGCUGCCAUGUAAAUGGAUCACUUGGCCUAUUUCUCCAAUUCUUUUCAUCUUGACUGUCCAUAGUGUUUCCUGAGCAUCUUUCCAGGGUUACCUCUUCGAAACGUAAGACUGAAUUGAAUCACCCUCGCUUAUAUUCAAUAAUGCUGUUUAUAAUUGCCACUUUUACCGAAGCACAAUUCACCAAAUCUCUAUGAAAAUGUCAAAUCAAUAUUGCAACCAAAUUAAAUGUUUAAAAUCAAUCUAUUAAACAUGUUGACAGUGAACAA